AUGACACGGACGAGUACUGUAUUGAGCAUUUUCUUCUUUUUUCUCCAUACCACUUCUGGGGAAAGUGGUUGCACCUCAGCAGAUGGUGACGGGACCUUUGGAGACGAUGAACCAGAUAAUUUGGACAUCAACUGUUUCAGUCAGCUGGAAUUUAAAGAUUCCUACAGCAGCCUGACUUGCAAUUUUACGGAGCUGCCUCCUCACAACACUAACUAUACCCUGGCCGUGUGCACCAAGGAGGACAGCAGUUACGUAUGUUCCAAUAUGGAGAAACAGGAAGAUGCCUAUUUCUUACAGUUCACUGAUAUACUCUCGAAUAGAGACGUUUGCAUGGACUCCGAGAUGAAAAGAAAGAUCUGCAGGAGUCUAAUUAUAACUGACAUUGUGAAGCCAGAAAUACCAUUUAAUAUAAAUAUCACAUACCAAAAGGAGGCAAAUGAAUAUGUUAUUCAUUAUAGUACACCACACUCAUGGAAGAAAUACUUGAACGAAAAAUUAAUACACCAAAUAGCCUAUCGUCUGGAAGAAGGAAUUUGGAAGACAAUAGAGUCUCCAUACCUGCAGGUAAAAUUACUGGGGAAAAAUCUUGAAAAAGAUGCACUGUAUGAGGUGAAAGUCCGUUCAAAGCCCAAUGGAGAUUAUUUUAAGGGCACAUGGAGUGAAUGGAGCACUUCCAAAAGCUUCAGAACAACUGGGGGACACUCCACAGAGAAAGACACUGACAUGGUCAUGAUUAUGUUCUCCACCCUGGGAUUCAUUUUGUUAGUUGUCAUGAUUCUCCUGAUCCUAACUUUCUGGGAAAAGAGGAUCAAGCCUGCUGUGUGGCCAAACCUUCCUGAUCGUAAAAAAACUGUAGAGCAACUGUGCAAGAAGCCAAAAAAUAAUUGUGAUAUAAUCUUUAUCCCAGAGAGUUUCGGUUAUGUUCAUAUCCAUAAAGUGGACGGCAUUCAAGCAAAAGCUGAAAUUGAGAGUUUUCUGCAGCCACCAGCUUCUCCACAGGCAAAUAUUCCGGAAGAAUUUAGCAGUGGAUCAAACCUGAAGAAUAGCCCUACUAUGAUAAACAAAAACAACGUAAACCUGCCUGUCACUUAUGGGGGAAUCUGGCCAGCUGAGGCUUUGAAUGGACUCUUGGGUAAAAGCCAGUUUCCGAUCACUGAAGAAUUUUGCAGCUCCAGUACGUAUGAAGUCUGCAGCAGCAAUGGGACAGCCCUGUGUAAUGACAGUCCUGGCCUUCAUUUCACUUCUCUCUUGUACCCCUCAGGCCAACCCAGACCAGAGCCCCUGAAUGCUGACAUGACACCCCAUAUGCAGCCUAACAGUGAAAUUAGGUCACCAGAUAAUGAAGAUGCAUAUAUCACAAUGUCCAGCUUUUACAAAAAUCAGUAAUCCUUAAAAAAAACAACAGAAUAUUGUUUCUCUGUAACACAAGCAGGACACUUUUCUCUUUGCUCUCCUGCCUCCUGUGUCAGUGAGUAGCACAUCUCUGUGGUGCACCUUUCUCGUUGUGCAAUGCUAUUCUUACAAAGAAGAGGAUUCAUCUGCAUUUCAGCAGUCUGUGGCCUAACCUUCAGUCUCAGUAUGCUGGUAACAAUCUCCACUGCAACAGAAAUGAAAUUUAACUCAGCCUGACUUUAAUUUUCAGAUCUGAUUAAUCCAGGACAACGCCAUUGCACCUCUAGCUGAGAAUCAAGUGCGUCUCACACGCAUUGGUGAACUCUUCUGUUGGCCCCUUGGUUGCAGAGUUAAGCUCUUAUUAAUCCCUAAGCAAGAAGCAUGGCAACAAAUUCAGAUCAAAUAGAAUCUUUUAAGCUGAGGUAGGUCAAAAGUAGCUCGCCUGCAGUUGGAGGAACUCCAAGAGCUUGUAAAACUCCAGUAAAUGAGAGUUACUAUCAAGCAUUAGUUCUCUGGGGAUUCAGGAGCUUGAUCGCUGUGAAGGGAUCUUGCAGAGUCCCCAGAAAAAAGGGCACAUGAAGUCACUUUAUGCAGACAUUUUUCUCUGACUAUUUUUUUCAGAGGGAUGACAACAAAGUAAAAUCCCACAUGUAGCCACUUUUUGCUGUUGGUGAAGAUCUGCGGAGGAGGUGAUUUUUAGGCUCUUUAGGUACUUGUGCUGUAUAUUGAAGAUAUUCAGUAUUUCAUUGCUACCAUUUUUUAAUUAAGAAAAUGCAACAAAAUUAAUGAAAAGUGAAGUCCCAGCUCUUCCUGUAAACUGGAUUGGACCUGUAAAACACUUGACUGUCUUUCUCGAUAGCCCUUGUACAAGCAUUAGUGCAGCAAGUAAGUACUUUACAGGACAGAAAGACUGAGCUAGCGUGUUUGUUCGCUAGCAUUAUUCCCAAUGGCUCUGGCUGCAUGAGAAUACAUCGAACUUGGCCAGAUAUUUUUCUCAUGCAACAUCUAACCUAGUAAGAGCGAUGGAGCUUCAUGGAUCCUGACAGUGAUUGGAAAAAAAAAAAAGAAAGAAAGGAAAAAAAAGAAGAAAGACAAGUACUUCAUAAAGAUAAUGUAAAAAAUAUUAAAUAUUUUAAUGUUAUUACUGAGGAAGGCACCUGUCCCUUCCCAGUCUCCCUUUUCUGAACUCUGUAUCCAGCUCCUCGGGGCUUCACCACCUGCUGCCACACAGAAGGCUGCCUCACUUCGCAGGCCUUCUGGGAUGCUACACGUUGCGAAGUAUGUGCUUGGAGAUAAAGCUGCUAUAGCCACAGGGUUGCAUGACAGCUGAAAGGAGUGUGGCCACAGGAAACCCAAGCCACUGUGUUGUGCUCUGGGAUUGGGGUUCACCUCCCUGUGACGUUUCGGUCCCUCUAGCUGCUUCAAGUUCUCCUUUAUCAAAACAUACACAUUCCCACAGUCAUGCAGGUUAAAAAAAGACUUCUCCUCAGAGCUGCUCUAACUUGUUCUGACUGGUAAAAACCACUAAGAAGUCGUUAUAUAUAACAUGGAUUGCUUCAGAAAAUCAGUACUCCCAACCUACCUUCUCCAGGUCCACCUGAUAUUAUGGAAACUUUCAGCUAGGGCCAACUUCAUGGUCUCCUUGAAGGACCCAACGAUUUGGCUCAUGUAUUCCAGUGACAUUUUACGGAAGUGUUUUUAUCGUUGUUUCUCGCAGAAUGGUGCGUUGAAUAAUGCAACAGGAAAAGAGGAAAGCUUUGGACAUUAAUUUGCUUUGUAAUGCUUGUAUUUCAAUUUUUUAAUAUAGCUGCUAGUAAUGCUUGUAUUAUGAAGACUUGCACAGUGCAAUUGUAGAUGCAGACAGAUUGUGUUGGAAAGAUAUCCUGUUCUGGUAACUCAGUGACAGAUAAGAAGAAAACAGAGGAAGAAGUGAAAGUACAUCAGAAAAAUCCUGUACAGUGUGUGCUAUGCUUAUUUUGAAUUCAUACAUACAUUUUAAAAGGUUAAAUGGGACUUCACAAACAUCUAUUCGCACUAUUUAAACAGUAAGGUACCUGUAAGUCAUGGUCCUUCUGUUUGUCUGGAAAGUCGUGUAGCUCUUUAACGCAGGAAGAAUAUUAUAAACCUGAUGUUUAUUUACUUUAAUUACUCUGAAAUAGUCAUAUUUUUCCUAUGUGGUAGUCAUAUUUUUGCAUAGCUGCUAAUGU